ACUAUAAAAGGAAAGAUUACCAAUAAUCGUAUCCAAGAACAAUUUUCUAAUCAGGAAAUUUUUGAAGAAUACAAAACGCCGUAUGACAGUGAUGAACAAACAAUUCAGCUGAAAAACCAAAUUACCU